AUCCUAAAUUCUCCCAAGAUGGAGGACGAUAAGAAGGAAGUUUCCCCCGUCUGGUUCGCCAUCGCCGUCGUCAUGGCCGUCCUAUUCCUCCUAAACAUCCUCAUGGCAGCCAUCUGGGUUCUCCUCCCAGACGACCUCUGCUUCCCCCCCUUCUCCGCUCACGAAGCCGCCCUCCGCGCCGCUCGCUACCGUCGUCCCCAGGCAUACGCCUACACCGCGCAGAGCUACUACAGUCUCCGAUCCGUCUACGUCGACGGUUCGCGCGCGCGCCAGGUCACCGUCUUCAACGGCUACGUCGAGACGGACGAGGACUUUGAUGCCUGGGCGUACUGGGCCACCGACUCGGAGGAGACGCUCGGAACCUCUGCCUUUCCCCGGCUGCAGUCCCAGUCUCAGUCUCUGGCUCGAUCUGCCCAGACCCAAGGCCAGUUCCAGUACUAUCGCCAGCACGAUCUUCUCAGCACCGCCAGCUCAGCAGGCACCGGCUCUGCCUCUGUCUCUGCCUCGUCUGGCCGUGACAUCGGCUACCAGCGCAACGAGCGUGCUCAGCUGCCCUCCACCAACACCCUCACCGACGCGCGCUAUCAAGCAGCGAGAACCGCCCUCGGCUUGGCCGACUACAACCCCGAGCCGCGCAUGGAGGCUUCUUCUGACGGAGCUCCUCCACGCUACUCGCAGCUUCCGAGGGAAGUCAACUUCAACAUGCAGCACCCGCGCGUGUAUCCGUACCCGCAGACGCCGCCUCCCGUGCGCACCUGGGGCCAUGGCAGCACCGCAACGAUUCGUCCGGUUGUCGAGAGUCAUCGUCGUGAGGCCGGUGCUGCUUCGCAAUCCAACAGUUAUGUCAAGCCCAAGGCCGAAUCCAUCGGAGAGAGCGACUCUGAUUAA